ACCCGUUUUAAAUCCUUCAGAUCUCUUCUAGGCGUUACCGCUUUCGAAAUUUAUAAAAAGUUUGGGUUGGGAAAACCCCCAAUUUCAAUUUCAUUUCAAAUUUCAAAGAGAAAGGUUUAUUUAAUCCAUAUCAAAAUUUUCCAAGCUUGUAUGUGUAUAGAUUGAAACCAGGGUUCGUUUGGAAGAUUUAAGAUGGAGAGGUCUUCUGCGUUUGUGAACUGGGAAGAAGUUUUUUCGACAAAUCAUAGAGGAAGAAGAGAGGUACGAUAUUAUUUGAAACGCCGGGAUGGGACUUCCGAUUUGGCAGUUGUCGGCAAAGAGAAGAAAUUAGCCUCCAAAACGAAGACGUCUUCGUCUUCCCCGUAUCGGUAUCGAUACGCAAUUCGUGACAAAUCGUUAUUUCCGUCGUCUGAUAUACCUUUUGAAAAUUCUCCCAAGCUCAGAUCUCGGCGACAGGUUAUUGAUUGGUUGAGCUCUCUUGUUACAGGAAAUAUUAAAUCAAAUUCCAAGAGCUGGCUGAGAGCCUCGGAAUUCCUGAGCCCUGAUUACUAGAUGGCUCUUUUUCAUAUCCACCAAAACCCAUAGAUGAUGUUCUUGGAGCAGGAGAUACCUUGAGGUUGAAAUUAGAAAACUUUCAGGAUUUUCAUUUACAUAAAAAAACCCAUCAAACUACAGAGCUUCUAUGGGUCGGAUCCUGGACAUGCAAGAAAAAGAGGAAACACUAUGAAGCUUACACAAGAAGUGGUGUUAAAAUCUCAGUUCAUGAUUUUGUGUAUGUAUUAGCUGAAGAAAACAAACGACUUGUUGCAUAUUUGGAAGAUUUAUAUGAAGAUUCAAGAGGAAACAAAGUGGCUGUAGUUCGAUGGUUUCACAAAGUAGAUGAGGUUGUUCUUGAUUUACCUCACACUAGUUAUAAUAAUCACAAAGAGAUUUUCUUUUCACUUUGUAUUCAAGAUCUCAGCAUCGAAUGCAUAGAUGGAAUUGCAUCUGUCCUCAGCCCUCAACACUAUGAAAAUUUCCUCAAAUUCAAUGCUCUGAAUGUGAAUUUGAUAAACCAAAAGUUGGAUCCAUUUGUAUGCCAAAAUCAGUUUGAAGAUGAAGGAAUCAAGCCCUUUGACAUAACCAAAGUCAAAGGGUAUUGGAACCAAAACAUACAUAAACUCAUGUCUACGGUUCAUAAUCAUGUUCAUCUCAAAAAGUUGAGAAGUAGUGAUGCUGAUGUGGCAGUGGAUGUGGAUGUGGAUGUGGAUGGGAUCAGACCUAAAAAGAGACUUAGGAGAUUAGUGGAAACAGAAUAUGAGUACACAAUAGGGUCUGAAGUAGAAGUGUUAUCUCAAGAUAGUGGGAUUAGAGGUGUUUGGUUUAAAGGUGUUGUUAUCAAGAAACACAAUGAGAAGCUUAAAGUCAGGUAUCAAGAUAUAAAGGAUGCAGGGGAUGAGUCUAAAAAUCUUGAGGAAUGGAUUUUGUCAUCAAGAGUUGGUGUUGAUGAUGAAUUUGGGAUGAGAUUGAGUGGAAGAAUGACAGUUAGGCCCUCAAGAAUGUUGAAAAAGAGUGAUGUUUUGGUGGAUGUUGAUGUUGGUUGUGUGGUGGAUGCGUGGUGGAAUGAUGGGUGGUGGGAAGGGAUUGUGGUUGAUAAAGAAUUGGAGGGUAAAAAUGGAAAUAGAAUCCAUGUUUAUUUUCCAUGGGAGAAGAAAAGAUUGAUUUUUGGGUGUAAGGAUUUGAGAUAUUCUCAAGAAUGGUUUAAAGGGGAGUGGAAAGAAUUGAAGAAGAGAUUCGAUCUUGUUGGUUUGAUUUCUUGUGAUUCUCAAACUAAAUCACAUGAUAAUAAUGUGUUAUUAUCAUCCAAUAUGGUUGUUGUUGAUGAUGAUGAUAAUGAUAAAGGGCAUAUUGGGGAAUAUGUAAUUGGUGAUUUGAAGUGGAAUUGGUCAAGAAAGAAGAGACAAAGGAGGAAAGCAUGUGAGAGAUUCCAAGUUGAGAAUUUGGUGACACUGAAAAAAAGAAAGGAUAAUAGUGAAUGUAAAUUCAUAUGUGAAUCUUCUCUUUUUUGUCAUUCAGUUGCUUCCUCCACCCCUUUAAUUAUGUCCAGGUGAAAAUUACGUUUUUGCCCUGUGAUAUGUUGUACAUUUGUGUCGCUUUUUGGAAUCAUAGUUUUUAGGAGUAGGAUUUUGUUGUUAAAAAAAGGUAAGUAUCUUGAUGAGUUAGUUAGAAUUAGAGUUAGAGUGACGUAGUGAGAGCGAAUUUUCUCUUGAGGGUUUUGUGUUGUAGC